UGGACAAUUUUCUUAUUUAGUCAACAGAACAGAAUUCUGAUCGAUGUAACAACAAACACGUAGAAGACAGUUGUUUUAUUUUAUUUUAUUGAUGCCUAUAUAGAUAUAAUAAUAUUCUGGAAUUAAUUAAAUAUAAUAAUAAUUGCGGAAAAUACCAGAUAUAAUAUAAGAAUAUUUACACACAAUAUUAAGUUUACAAUACACAUAUGCAACAAUGUGCAUCAUGAGAAACAACGCAUAAUCGCAUCGUCAAUCACGCAGAACUCAGAAUAACGAUCUUCAGACAACUCGUCGUGUCAAUCGCGCGCGUCUUAACCCAAAGGUGAAGCAUUUAAACGCAGUUAAACGCGCUUUGAAUGUUCGGUGCACAAUAUGGUCGACACAGAAAAAGAGCAGAAAUUCAAGGAGUACAACGAGAUUCUGGAGAAUCUAAAAACCGCGUUUUUGGAGAAGUGGAAGCUGAGAAAGGAAGACGACGUGAAGCUGGAGGACUUUGAGCGCUUUCGCACCGUUGGCACUGGUGCCUUCGGUCGCGUUCUCCUUGUCAGGUACAAACCGACAGCCACCUACUACGCCAUGAAGAUUCUCGAUAAGGCGAAACUCGUGAAGACGAAGCAAGUGGACCACACGCGUAAUGAGAAGCGAAUCCUGCAAUGCAUUAAUUUCCCCUUCACGGUCUUCAUGGAGUAUUGCUUCAAGGCAAGGACCGACAAUCGAAGUAACGACGAUAAUUCGUACGUGUACAUGGUGAUGCCAUUCAUCAAUGGUGGCGAGAUGUUCACACACCUUAAGCGAAUGGGAAAGUUCGACGAGUCGCUCGCGAGGUUCUACGCCGCUCAGGUGGCAUUGGCCUUGGAAUAUCUACACCACUGUAGCCUGAUAUAUCGCGACUUGAAGCCGGAGAACAUCCUGAUCCAGGAAUCCGGCUACAUUCGGAUGACCGACUUUGGGUUCUGCAAGAUGGUGGACAGCCGCACGUGGACGUUGUGCGGCACGCCGGAGUACCUGGCACCGGAAGUGAUCUUGUCAAAGGGCUACGGCAAGGCGGUCGACUGGUGGAGCUUCGGUGUGCUGGUAUACGAGAUGAACGCGGGCUACCCGCCGUUCUACGCGCAGGACCCGAUGAAGAUCUACGAGAAGAUCGUGGCAGGCAAAUACAAGUUCGCACACCACUUCGGCGAGGAACUGAGGGACAUACUGAAGAAUAUCCUGCAGGUAGAUCUGUCGAGGAGGUAUGGCAAUCUCAAAGAAGGUAGCAUAGACAUCAAGAAGCACCGCUGGUUCCAGUCCAUCGACUGGGUCCAGAUCUAUCAGCAGAAGGUGCAGCCCAGCUUUAUUCCCCACUGCGGCAGUCACGGCGACACGAGUAAUUUCGAUCUUUACGACGAAGUACCGCUCGAAGUCUCUCCUGUUGAUCACUAUACCAAGGAGUUCGAGAAUUUUUGAAAAUACUGCUGACGAAGCUGGGCUUAUCGGAGAUUGAGAUUGAAAUAUGAGGACAAUACGCUGACUGUUAUUACGUACGAGAAUAUCUAUAAGAAUUUUAUACCUGAUUCAGGAUUAAUCAGUUUACCA